AUGGAUAUUAAUUGUUGUCCACGCAACGAUUUUUCAUUUCCAACAAAAAAUAGUACUAAAGAUUUUCUUUCAACAUGGCCAACAACAUUAAAUGGAAAUCUAUCGAAUGAAAAUAUCUUCGAUCAAGAAACAAAACCAUUUCAAGAUUAUAUUCUACGUAAUAGCUCGAAUAUAUUAUCACUUGAACAAUCAACAUCAUCAUCAUCAUCAUCAUCAACAUCAUUAUCAUGUGUAUUACCAUUUCAACAACUUGUUAUUAAUGAUCUUAAUACACAACAUAAUUCAUCUAUUUUACCAUUUACAUUUAAUAAUAAUAGUUUAAAUGAACCAUUACCAUUUAGUACAAAUCAUCAAACAAAUAUUAAUGAUGAAAAUGCACGACCACCAUGGUUACUUUCAUUAGCACCAAUAUCACAAAUUUCACCACCAUUUUUACAACAAAAUCAACAACAAUCAAUUUUACCAAUGAUAUCACCUAUACAAGAUGAUUCAACAGAAAAUAUUCGUCAUUGGAUUGGUGAUUUUUCAACUGAACAAACAAAUAUAAAUAAUACUAAUAAUAAUAAUAAUAAUAAUGGUUUACAACAAAUACCAUUAUUAUCACAAAAAGUAUUUAUUGGUGGUGUACCACGUUUUGCAACUGAAACUGAUAUACAUGCUAAUUUUGAUCGUUUUGGUAUAUUUGAAAUACAAUGGCCAAAAUUACAUGGUGGUCAUAAAGAACAACAUCGUGAAAAUGGAUUUUUUCAUAUUGUUUUUCAUAAUGCAAAAUCAGUUUGUGCAUUAUUAGAUAGUUGUUCACGUCAUACAAAUAAUAGUGCAUGUGCUGAUUAUUUUAUACAUUUUGAAACAGCAACUGGUUCAAGAAAAACUGUUGAAGUUAUACCAUGGAAUAUUGGUGAUAAUAAUUAUGCUUUACGACCACCACAACAACUUGAUUCAAAAAAAACAAUAUUUGUUGGUAAUCUUCAUGGUACAAUGACAGCUCGUUAUUUAUGGCGUUUAAUGGAAGAUUUAUUUGGUGGAGCUGUUUAUGCUGGUGUUGAUAUUGAUAAAUAUAAAUAUCCAAUUGGUAGUGGUCGUGUAACAUUUGAUAAUAGUUCAAGUUUUCUUCAUGCUGUUUCAACAGCUUUUGUUGAUGUUCGAACUCCACGUUUUCUUAAACGUCUUCAAAUUGAACCACAUUUACAAUAUCGAUUUUGUUCAUUAUGUAAAACAGCUGCUGGUGAUUUAUUUUGUCGAAAUUUUGCUUGUUUCGAUUAUUUUUGUCAACGUUGUUGGCAAAAAAUUCAUAUUGGUAGUAUGUCAUCACAUAAAGCAGUGACACGUCAUUCAAAAUCUUCGCAACCAGUCUUUCAUCCAAUUCAACAACAAUCAAUUUCACAACCAAUUGAUUGUAUUAUAGGUGCAAAUGGAUUUUAA